UUUGAAAUUUGCCGCAUUUCGUUCACGACUUGAACCAACUGUUGUCAAGCAGCUCGGCUGGCGUUGCCAAGGCUGAGGCGGCCAGGCAGUUGGUUAGCAUUGGGCGUAGCCAUGGCUACCUCGGGCGGCGCCACAACAAAUCCCGGCUAGAAAUUUUCGCAGAGCUCACAAAAUGCUGCAUCAGGGGAUAAUCUUGCGCGAGGGACACGUGACGCGCACCAUCUACACUCUGAUCAAGGAUAAGCGCUAUGAGGAUGUGAUCGAGUGCAUUGCGAACUGCGGCGAGGCGGCCAAUACGCGGGCAGCACUCUCCACGCUGGGCCACUGCUACUAUCAUGCACAGAAGUACGAGGAGGCGGCCAGCUGCUACGAGCAGCUCUGCCAGCUGGUGCCCAAGGAGGCCAAGUACAGAUUCUACUACGCCCAGUCGCUCUACCAGGCGGGCAUCUUUGCGGACGCCUUGCGUGUGCUGAAGCAGAUCGGCGACAAGGAGCUGGAGCUGCGCGAGCAGUGCCUGCAGCUGCAGAGCGCCAUACUCUACUCCAGCGAGGACUAUGCCGGCGCUCAGAGUCUGCUCAAUCAGCGCGCGGGCGGCACAGCCGAAACGCUCAACGACGAGGGCUGCCUGCUCUAUCAGGCGGAUCAGCACGAGCUGGCGGUGCAGCGUUUCCAAUCGGCCCUGCAGGUGGGCGGCUUCAAUCCCCUGGUGGCCUACAACGUGGCCCUCGCCCACUUUCAGCGGAAGCAGCGCGCCCAGGCGCUGGACUACACGUCGGAGAUUGUGGAGCGCGGCAUGCGGAAUCAUCCGGAGCUGGGCAUCGGCGCCCAGGUGGACACCGAUGGCAGUGCGCGCAGCGUGGGCAAUCCCAUUACCAUGGCCAUGUCGGGCAUCACCCAGGCGCUCAACCUGAAGGCUGCCUUGGAGUAUCAGGAUGGCAAUGUGGAGGCGGCACGGGAGGCGCUGCUCGACCUGCCGCCGCGCGCGGAGAGCGAACUGGAUCCGGUCACGCUGCACAACAUGGCACUGACCGAUGCCCAGGGUCCCGUUGCCGGUCUGCGCAAAUUGGCCUUCCUGCUGCAGCUGGGCGCGCCUGCCUGCCCGAAGGAGACGUUCGCCAACAUCUUGUUGAUUUGCUGCAAGCACGAACUGUACGACACCGCCGCCGACAUUCUGGCCGAGCACGCGGACCUCACCUACAAGUACCUGUCGCAGUAUCUGUACGAGCUGCUGGACGCACUGAUCACGGCCCAGACCAGCGGCGAGCUGGCCGAGAAGAAGCUGGGCACGCUCGCCUCCAGCCUGUCGGGCAAGCUGCGCAGCCUGGCCGCCCGGGUGCAGGAGGUCAGAGCAACCAGUGAGCAGCAGGCGCUGCGCGAUGCACUCAAGGACUACGAGCAGGCGCUGGAACUCUACUUGCCGGUGGUCAUGGCUCGUGCCUGGAUCUCCUGGCGCGAAGACGACUUUCUGGGCGCCGAGCGCGAGUUUCGCUCCAGCGCCGAGUUCUGCUCGGAGAACGCCAUCUGCUCGGUUUGGCGCUUGAAUGCCGGCCAUGUGCUCUUCAUGCAGGACAAGUACAAGGAGGCGGCAGCCUUCUACGAGCCCAUUGUGCGCCAGCACUCGGAUGAUAUUAUGUCCGUUUCCGCUGCGGUGCUGGCCAAUCUCUGUGUGUCCUACAUCAUGACCUUCCAGAAUGAGGAGGCCGAGGAGCUGAUGCGCAAGGUGGAGAACGCAGAGGAGCUGAAGGGCAACCAGGGCAAGCAGUAUCAUCACCUGUGCAUCGUCAACCUGGUCGUGGGCACCCUGUACUGCGCCAAGUCCAACUACGAGUUCGGCCUCUCGCGCAUCGCCCACGCCCUCGAGGGCGGCUCGGGCGCACGCCUCUACGCGGACACCUGGCUGCACGUGAAGCGCUGCAUACUGGGCCUGCUGACCGGCAUGGCCAAGCAGAACAUCAUCCUGCCCUAUGCAGCCGUGCAGGAGGUGCUGAACUUCCUCAAGUCCUGCGAGGCUUACGGCCUGUUCACGCCCGCCAAUAUCUAUACGGCCACGGAGCAGGCACCCAGCGAGCCGCUGACCAUCGGACUAGAGGCUCGAAAGCUGAGACUCCUGCUGAUCAAGCUGAGCGAAUAUGAAAAUUAUUGAGUAGCUUCUCCGAGUUCUCCUGUUCGAGUGCAUGUCAAAAUAAAGAUUA